AUGAAACCAGUCGCGCCAGUUGUUCUAUGUACAUUGUGGCUAUCUCUGGUAUCACAAAUAUGUGAAGCCCUUCCCGGCGGUAAUAUUCGUGAUACCGGCGAUGUCGCCGGCGACUCUAGCCAAAUAGCUGAAAGCAAAGAGGGAAAAGCGAUCGGAGAAGGUGAAUAUUGCCCUAUUCCGAGAAUGGAAAGCAUAAAUCCCGUGUGGGACCCUGAAGUGAUUUAUGCAGAAAGGGAGGGCAAGCUCAGCGAUUUCGACAAAAAGUUCUACAAGUUCUGGAAGGGGGCUUUUGCUGCUGGCAGAUUUGGCGGCAUGAAACUUUGGGGACUUUUGGCAUCUAUGGGCGACUCGGUUUUGAACACCUUGGAUAGCCUUGGUAUCUCCAAACUAAUGGAGAAGGCCGACCAAGAGAACUAUUACAUGUUCAACGACUAUGAGGAUGAGUUUGACACCUAUAUGGACGAAACAUCAACGGAUUAUCUUGAAAAGAAGAAGGCAGAGCUAGCUGCAUCGGGUUCGGAUUGA